AUGUUAGCUGGCUGGGCAUCGGAUCCAACUUAUACGAUAGGGUGGGCCUGUAAGCUGCGAACAUUUCUUGUAUUUGCAACACGUCUGAUUGUAUUUUGGCUUUUCGUUCUUUCAACUAUCGACAGAUGGUUGUCAUCCUCUGUACACAAUCAUCAACGUAGAUUAAAUACAAUGAAAAACGUUCGAUAUGCAACACUUAUUGUUAUAUUUAUGUCAAUAAUUAUGUAUGCUCAGCUAUUUUACUGUUACGAAGCUAAUCUCGUACGAGCACCAUUUCCAUGCUAUACGAAAUCAUCAUUAUGUCAAAUUCUUGAUGACAAUUUUCAAUUUUCAUCGAAGUCAACAGCGAAUAUUUCGAACGGGUGA